AUGCGUGUGAGCAAGGAAGAAAGACUACGAUAUAUCAAUGCAUUAAAAACUUUAUCAACAGAUCCACGUUACCAAAGAGAAUAUUACGAUUUGAUAGAAACUCACGGAUAUCAUUUUUGCAAAGCACUACAUUGUAAUGUAUUUUUUCUACCUUUUCACCGUUGGUUUAUUCAACGAUAUGAAAAUCUUCUGAGGAAAAUUGAUCCCGACGUUACUUUGCUUUACUGGGAUUGGAGCAUGGCAGUUGGAACUCCUUGGGAUAUAAAUCUUUGGGAUGAUAAUGAUUACUCUUUUGGCGGAAAUGGAAAUCCCGCGGUUAAUCAUGUAGUGGACACUGGGCCGUUUAAACAACCUGAAUGGAAAAUGGUUCCUGGAUCCGGGCCAGAUUCCGCCUUAAAAAUGACAAGAUAUUUCAAUUAUACAACGCCUGAUAUUGCGAGCGCUCUUCAUCUUGCAAUUUUGUUCAAAUUAAAACCUCGCCAUUUUGUACAAUGGAUGACUGUCUUCCAAAGUUGGCACAAUAAUGUUCACUGCUCUGCUGUUGGAUGGCGCAGUACCAUGUGUCAUGGGAAGGCAGCAUGGACGCCAGAGUUCUUUCUGCAUCACACCUUUCUUGAUAAGUACUGGUCUGAGUGGCAAGAACAAGGAAAUAAUUAUAAAUUCAGUCAGUACUGGAUGAAUCAGACGCGGUUUAUGCAGGCAACAGAUUAUUUGCCAAGGGAUUUACUAGAUCUAAAAUACCAAGAAGGAAAUGUAUGUGUAUCAUAUGAAGAAUCUUCAGAUGAUUGGAUACACAAAAGGCUUAGAAGUAAGUACAGUACGUGUUAGUUUAGACACACUUCAUUUGUUUUUCUGUGGAAUAAAAUAAUAAAAAAUCCCAUUCCUCCUUCCAAAAUAGCUUGCAUCUCGUGCCAAUUAUAGUGGAACUUUCUGUCUUUGACAUUUAUAUGCGCAUAUGCAUAUAAAUCUACUAAGCAUAAAAUGUAUUCGAUUUUUGCAGGUUUGUAUAGCAGAUGAGUUUUUUCUAUUUUCCUUAUAUUUACCUUCUGUUCGUAUAUCAAUGAACACAUGUCCUGCAUGCAACUGCCAAGGACGUUGGAUAGCAAAUAUUUGUCCGCCUCGCUAAUGUUUUCUGCCUGGACGCAUAUGCAGUAGAACAUAACGAUAACACGCACAUUCCGCUUCAACAAAACUAACAAUCAAGUCAAGCACAGAACCAACUACGAUCAAAUCAAUCACAGAACCAUCUAUCAUCUAUCAGCAAACAAGCAAGAAAUUUUUAAUGGGUUUUUAGUUGUAUCAAUGCAAUAAAAUGUAUUUAACAGUUAUUCGUAACCAUUUGAUAUAUACUUUCAAUAUUGAUUGUGUCUGAAAGAUUGCAGUUUCAUAAUUUAAGGUAUAAGAUAUUUGGUCACAGAGAACUGACCUCUACAAAAAUCCAUACAUUUUAGGUUUAACAUUGGACCAAUUGAGAGAUAUCAGGGGAAUCCAGAUCGUACCAUUGAAUGAUCCUGGAACCAAAUUUUUUGAUAUAUCACACAGAAUAUUUCUGAAAGCUGUAAAUGAUUUUAUCAAGGAUAACGCACUUCGUUAUCCUGUAACUUUGACCGAUCUUAGUGGAACAGACCGAGCCCGUGGCUUUUUUUUUCAUGAUUUGUUAGUGGUAUAA